UGUCCGCAGUCUCUGGUCAUCUCCUGUACUGUCCGCAGUCUCUGGUCAUCUCCUGUACUGUGUCCGCAGUCUCUGGUCAUCUCCUGUACUGUGUCCGCAGUCUCUGGUCAUCCCCUGUACUGUGUCCGCAGUCUCUGGUCAUCCCCUGUACUGUGUCCGCAGUCUCUGGUCUUCUCUGGUCAUCUCCUGUAUUGUGUCUGCAGUCUCUGGUCAUCUCCUGUACUGUGUCCGCAGUCUCUGGUCAUCCCCUGUACUGUGUCCGCAGUCUCUGGUCAUCUCCUGUACUGUAUCCGCAGUCUCUGGUCAUCUCUGUACUGUGUCCGCAGUCUCUGGUCAUCUCCUGUACUGUGUCCGCAGUCUCUGGUCAUCUCCUGUACUGUGUCCGCAGUCUCUGGUCAUCUCCUGUACUGUGUCCGCAGUCUCUGGUCAUCUCCUGUAAUAUGUCCGCAGUCUCUGGUCAUCUCCUGUACUGUGUCCGCAGUCCAUUGGUUCAGAAUAUUUUUUUUCUUGUUGUUCUCCUCU